AUGAGGGAAGUGAUGGCAGAAGAGACCAGCAUGGCCAAGGAGGCAGAGAAGGGGGAAAUGGAGAAGACCCCAAGAGGGGUGGUCGUCCCAGAAGUGGUGGAGAUCGCCUCGGAGAGAGUGGAGGUCGUCUCAAUAAUAGUGGAGAUCGUCUUAGAGGUGGCGAGGGUCACCCCCGAAGUGCAAGUAGAAGGAGCUCUACUGAGAAAGGCGGCAGCUGUAAAGAUGAGGGCAGAUGAGGCCAAGGCUCAACUUGCAAGUUUGAAGACGGAGCGUGUAGGCUGGGAGAGUGCCCAUGUUGAGCUGCAAGCGGUCAAGUUGGAGUUGGAGAACGAACGCCGCCAGGACUGCGCGGUCGCCAUCGAACGAUUUGAAGAGGCUAUGACCAGCAAAGAAGAUCUGCGUGCCCAGCAGAUCAAGGAAAAGGAAGACGCAGACCAGGAGAUUGCUGGGCUGCAGAAGGAGCUGGAAGAUGAGCGUGUUAAGGCAAUGGAGGGGAGGAAGGCCCUGCAGAAGGAGUUGCAGGAAGAGAGAGCCAAGGCGGCUGCUGAAAGGGCGGCCCUGCAGAAGGAGUUGGAGGAGGAGAAGGCUAGGGCAGCCUCUGAAAGGGCGGCAUACCCCGAUCUGUGUGUUGCGGCAGUGGAUCAGUUCAAGGGGUCUACUAAAUUUCAGAUGGCAGUUGAUGCCGUGGUCGCCAGCAGCUUGGCGAGGGAGGAGUCUGGAGGGGCGGGCUCGUCGAGGACGACCGCUGGGGGCAGGACUGAGGCAGAAAUUAUUGAGAGCUUCUAG